CGGCUGGGCGAGCUUUGUAGAAUGAUGUGGAAGUGGGUGUGAAGCUACGUCAGGGAGGUGUGAGGUGAUGCGUUUCCUGCCGCCAUAUACCGGCGUGUGACGAGUAAGCCUGCUAACCCUGUUCUCGGCUCCCUGCGCACAUCUGUGGAUUCCGUUGACCCGUCUAUGGCCCGUCCUCGUUCGUUGGUGUCACCGCUGCUGAGCGGGGUGUUCUGUCAGUGUGACACUUUGGGGGGAGCCACGCACACGCACGAGGCCCACUCCUCUCCCUCAUCGUCUCUGGCUGCUGUCCUGGCCGCGGACCCGUGCGGGGGACUCCUGUGUGGAGGGCCUGAGAACGACCGCCGCUUGCAGAUCCUAUUCCAGGAGCUGGAUGUCAACAAGGACGGCGCCAUCUGUUUCAAUGACCUGGCUGUGGGGCUGAAGAGGCUCGGGGUCCACCGCACCGACCUGGAGCUGAGGAAAAUAGUGAAAGCUGGAGAUAAGGACCAGGAUGGGCAACUGGACUUCGAGGAGUUUGUGCACUACCUUCGUGACCAUGAGAAGAAGCUCAGAUUGGUCUUCCGCAGCCUGGACAAAAAGAAUGAUGGUCGAAUUGAUGUGCAGGAAAUAAUGCAAUCUCUCUGUGACCUUGGUGUGACUAUCUCUGAGCAGCAAGCAGAGAAAAUCCUUAAGAAAAUUAGGACAGGCAGCCGCUGGAGUCCUGUCACUCACAUGGAUAAGAAUGGCACAAUGACAAUAGACUGGAAUGAGUGGAGGGAUUACCAUCUCUUACAUCCUGCCGAGAACAUUCCUGAAAUCAUCCUUUACUGGAAACACUCUACAAUAUUUGAUGUUGGAGAAAACCUCCUCGUGCCUGAUGAAUUUACUGUGGAGGAGAAACAAACUGGAAUGUGGUGGAGGCAUCUUGUGGCUGGUGGUGGAGCUGGUGCCGUGUCGCGGACAUGUACAGCUCCCUUGGAUCGGCUAAAGGUUCUCAUGCAGGUCCAUGGUUCACGCAGCAACAACAUGUCCAUGGUAGGGGGCUUCACACAGAUGCUCCGUGAAGGAGGCUUCCGCUCACUGUGGCGAGGAAAUGGCAUCAAUGUCAUUAAAAUUGCUCCAGAGUCUGCUAUUAAGUUCAUGGCAUAUGAACAGAUUAAACGUGUCAUUGGUAGUGACCAAGAGAUCUUGGGUAUACGUGAGAGGUUGGUGGCCGGGUCUCUAGCUGGAGUGAUUGCCCAGAGCAGUAUAUACCCCAUGGAGGUCUUGAAAACAAGGAUGGCUCUGAGGAAGACUGGACAAUAUCAAGGGAUGUUGGACUGUGCCAAAAAGAUUUUGCUAAAGGAAGGGGCAUCUGCCUUCUACAAGGGAUAUGUCCCCAACAUGUUGGGGAUCAUUCCUUAUGCUGGAAUUGACUUGGCAGUAUAUGAGACUCUGAAGAACGCCUGGCUGAAUCGGUAUGCCACAAGCAGUGCUGACCCUGGCGUCUUUGUAUUACUCGCCUGUGGGACCAUAUCCAGUACAUGUGGGCAGCUCUCAAGCUAUCCCCUGGCUUUGGUGAGGACACGCAUGCAGGCACAGGCUUCCAUUGAAGGCGCUCCACAGGUGAAUAUGAGCAGUCUCUUCAAACAUAUCAUACAGACAGAGGGAGCUACUGGACUGUACCGGGGUCUGGCCCCCAAUUUUAUGAAGGUGAUCCCGGCCGUCAGCAUCAGUUAUGUUGUGUACGAGAACCUGAAGCUCACACUGGGAGUGACUUCGCGGUGAUAAGCAGCUAUUAUGCUGUUGCCAGACAUUAGACUUGGGGGGGGGGGGGGUAACUCCCUGGAUGUCAAUGGUCCUGUUCUCAUUCUGUGAAUGUGUUUAACACUAAAAGCGACGGAGUAAAGCUGUGAUAAGCCAGGAAACAGAAGGAUGUCAGACUUGGCCUUUGUUUUUUAGGAACUCUUCACCUAAUCAACAAUUGCUCUCAUUCCAUGCGCCUUCCUUAUGGGGUGACCAGUAGCAUCUUCCAAACUGGAACCGUGUUUACAUAUGUUUGUGGGGGGGUUUUUG